ACCAUGAUCAACUUAUUCGCCUUCCUUGUGGAGAAACUCUCCCUCCUCUGCAAGCUCAAAGUGCUGGUUUUCGGCUCUACGCAUGCGCAAGAGCGUCCCACCCAGCUCCGGGGAGCUUCAUCCGCACCUUCGCCGCCUCAUCCGCCUCUCCAGCGGGGCGACCUCCUCGAGGUACCCCGCACGCUUUUCACUCACUUCGGAGUCUACCUGGGCGACGACCGGGUGGCUCACCUCAUCCCGGACAUCCUACCGGCGCUCACCGACGACCAACGCCGUCUGGCCACGGUGGUGACCAACGGGCGGCUGAUCAUCGGGUGUUUGUGCCGGCGCGCCACGGUGCGUGUGGACACCCUGGAGGACUUUGCGUACGGCUCCCGAGUACUGGUCAACCGGGCGGAUGGAAGCGGGCUGGUGGUCGGGGCGGCGAAGGGGGCCAAGGCGCUCCCCGCAGAGGAGGUGGCCCGCCGGGCAGAGGCGCUGCUGGGCAGCUUCCCCUACAGCCUGCUGUGGAACAACUGCGAGCACUUCGUCACGCACUGCAGAUACGGACGCGCCGCCAGCCGACAGACUGAACAGUUUUGCGAGUGCAUAAAAUCGGCGAUCAGAGACCGACGCAGCAUCCUGGUGACGACAAUUCUGGGAAUCAUCUUCAUGUUCUUUGGCGGCAUGGCCACCUCAACUACAUUACCCACAAUUCUUAUCCCCUUCACUCUGUGGAUGGCUGGUUAAUUAAUUCCCGUAGAGUGACUCUUAAACCAUGUUUAAAGUUAACCACGUGCCUUAGAAGUGUUAACGUGUUCUUUUCUGCCUGUAAUGAUAAUAACUGGCUUAUUUCAUUCAAGUGUUUUUUUUUUUUAGUUGUGUAAAAAUGUGUAAAUAAUAAAACAUGUUAUUUUUAUGGA